GAGGAAAGAAAGAAGAGAAGCGAGAGAGAGAGAGAGAGAGGAGAGUCGCGAAGAGAAAAGACGGACUUGACAGGAAGAGAGGAGAGAAGUGAAGGAAGAGAAGAAGGGGAGUGGGAACACUACCCUGGAAUAGCCAGGCAGCAACUAGAGCUGUAGCAGACUCCUCCCUCUCACCCCCUCCCCUCUCUCUCUCUUUCCCCGUCUUUCUUUCUCUCUCUCUCUCUCUCUCUCUCUCUCUCUCUCUCUCUCUCUCUCUCUCUCUGAGGCAGUCUGUUACUCUGUCAUUUGACCCGGCGAGAGCUCAGCAACUGGGAAGAACGAGGGAGAAAGGAAAACAGAAAGAGAGGGAUAAUUCUCAUGACAGCCAUGCAGUCCAUCCCUAAUGGCUGUGUUUUUCUCUAAGCCAUAUCUCUCUCGUUUUGGCUGUGGACCCGAUCUGACUGGAGCUCUUGAACUGGACUUUGUGUUUCCUCUGUGGACGCUCUCCCGACACUGCUGUGUGGGAUUUACUCUGCACCGCGAGGAUCUAGUGUGUACUUGCGUGUGUGCUCGCUGGGCCAUGCCCACCCCUGGUAACGGGUCAUCCAGCGUGAGGUGUACACCAUGAAAGGGGGCCACCACCACCGAGGCUGUGCCUGCCAACAUUUGUUCCGUAAAGUCCUGGCCAAGUGUGGCUGCUGCUAUGCCCGGGUCAGAGACUCAUACUCAGCGGCGGGCAGCGAGGGUAGCAUCUCCACCUCCGUGGCGUCCCUGCCCCCGACCCUGACGGCGUCCAUUAGCUCCGCCCCCAACUCCCCGGGCUCGCGGCGUUCCGUCAGCACCCUGAAGAGGUGGCUGACCAAUCCCGUCCGCAAGCUGAGCGCUGGGGCCGUCAACAUCUCCACCAGCGCCAAGGGGGAGCGGCAGGACAGGAAGUUGGAUGGGGGAAGCAAGCCCCCUCCUCCUAUUCCACCCCCACGCCACAGUCAUGGCCUGGGCCUGGGCCUGGGAGGGCUGGGGCUGGCCAGCCCCCUGGGAUCAGAGGACCACCUCACCACUGUACUACCCAUCACACACAAAGAGAUGGAGUGCAGGUAUAAUUUGGCCAGUCCUGAGGAUCUCUCCCCGGCAACCCUAAACUCUCCCAGCUACCUGUCUGACUCGCUACAAGGCUGUACUUCACUGGCCUACACACAUGAUACUCAGCCCACCAAUGUCUAUCCAGAUGACAACGGCUCAGUGUUGACGGACGACACCUCCAGCCAAUCAUCAGCUGCAGCUGACAAUGAGGAGAGGAGGAGUGCUUUAGAGAAGAGCAUGUACGUACUGAAGGAACUCAUAGAGACAGAGAAACUGUAUGUGGAAGACCUGAGGUACAUAGUAGAGGGCUACAUGGCCACUAUGAAUACCAAGGGCAUACCUGAGGACAUGAAGGGGAAAGACAAGAUUAUAUUUGGAAACAUUCACCAAAUGUUCGACUGGCAUAAAGACUACUUCCUGGGGGAACUGGAGAAGUGUAUAGCAGAACCAGAGAGACUGGCUCAACUUUUCAUAAAGCAUGAGAGGCGUCUCCAUAUGUAUGUGGUGUAUUGUCAGAACAAACCAAAGUCAGAGCACAUCGUCUCCGAGUACAUCGAGACUUACUUUGAGGAGCUGAGGCAACAUCUGGGUCACAGGCUACAGCUGAACGACCUGCUGAUCAAACCAGUCCAGAGGAUCAUGAAGUACCAGCUGCUGCUCAAGGACUUCCUCAAGUAUUACACCAAAGCCGGGAUGGACACAGAAGAGCUCGAGAAAGCGGUAGAGGUGAUGUGCUUUGUGCCCAAACGCUGUAACGACAUGAUGAACGUGGGACGACUGCAGGGCUUCGAGGGUAAAAUCACGGCGCAGGGGAAGCUGCUCCAGCAAGACACUUUCACAGUGGCGGAACAGGACAGCAGCUUCCUGUCCAGAGCCAAGGAGAGGCGGGUCUUCCUGUUUGAACAGCUGGUCAUCUUCAGCGAGCCAAUCGACAGGAAGAAAGGAUUCUCACUUCCUGGUUACACCUUCAAGAGCAGCAUCAAGGUGAGCUGUCUGGGGGUUGAGGCUCCGGUGGAGGGGGAGGCUGGCCGAUUGGUGCUGACCUCACGGGGGGCUGACGGGACUGUGGUGAGAUACGUGCUGCAGGCCGCCUCCCCAGAGGUCUGCAGGGCCUGGGUCAACGAUGUGGGACAGAUCCUGGAGAACCAGAGGAACUUCCUCAACGCCCUCCAGUCUCCCAUCGAGUACCAGCGCAGAGAGGGAACCAACAAGUCUAACAGCCUGGGCCGGAGCAUGAGAGCCCCCCUGUCUUCGGCCAGCAGUCCCCUGCGCCCCCACUCCUCGGCCUCCAUCGACCGCCAGCGCCUGCCCUGGCUCCGGUCCUACAACACCUCCCUCCCCACCCUCUACCUGCCCAGCCAGGGGGGUCAGGGAACGGGCCUCCAGGGCCCCGCUGAGACACACACUCCCCGGGAGUCUCCUCUGGUCAGUAGGAACUCGCAGACAACAGUCUCGCCAUCUCACGUCCAGCUGGCUUUCACUGACCCGUCUGGUCUGUCUCACUACUCUCAGACCCAGACCUCCCUGCAGUGCCAAGCGGGGUCCAGCGGGCUGCGUAGCACACAGCAGAGCGCAGGAGAGGGCUGCAGUACCAGGGGCCUGCCUGGUGAGGCUGUACCUCCUCCUGGAUCUGUCUCUGGUCCAUUGGCCGGCAAGCGCUCCAGCAACCUGGCCCAGCUCAAUGAAGAUGACCUAUGAACCCUGACCCCUAGGAGGAAGGAGGUUCACGGACCACCACAGCUACAGAGAGAAAGGAGGAGAGCCUCCUCUAGGCUUACCAUAUGUUGAUGCUAUCGUUAACUUAAGGGUCCUUUUGAAGGUGGAUGGAGUGCUUCUGUAAGGAGCCAGGACUGGAUGGAGACUGCUCUUCUGGACUGUUGCUACUGCUUUUUCAGACUGUUACCCGGCGGUUCACCGACAGUCUGAGAGACAUAAACCAUGGUCCUAAUGGAAUAUACAGUAUACGCCUUUCAUCUGAUUUUUCUGAGCGAUGUGAUUUGAGAUUGAAGACGUGCCUCUGCGUGGCACCACUAAUGGGUGGCACCCAGCUAGAUGUUGCAAUGGCUGAGGUUACGAAGGACACUCAAUGGACAUUAGGUAUUAUGAGGACUUUGCUUGUUUCAUUAUGAGGACUUUGCUUGUUUUAUUAUGAGGAAAUUGCUUGUUUCCUUUUUCAUUUUGGACAAUUUCUAUACAGUAUAUAGUGUGCUGUCUGUCAGGGGGCUUUGGGAUUUGUUCAAAGUAAGAAAAAAAAAGUCCAUUCCUGAUUGGGGAGGUCACUGGAGAAGUGUCUGUGUGUGAGUGCGCAUGCUGCAGGCAUGUGUGUGUGCGUAUGUGCGCAACAUGCGUCUGUGUGUGCAUGUGUGGGUGAAAUGCGUCUGUGUGUGUGUGUGUGUGUGUGUG